AUGGAAUUAUAUUGCAACGCUCGCGACGGAAAUGAAGCUAGAGUCGACCCGGAACUGAAGAAUACGGAUGUAUGUUCUUCUGUGCAGGGUGGCGAGGGUUCACCAUGUUAUGCUGCUGCGUCCGGUCAAGAGGAAUCUAUGACGGCCACGGGAGGUAACAAAUUGUUCUACACCGAAGCGGAGGACGAUAAUGCCAGUUCUGACGGCAAUGAUGCUCAAGAUGUUUUCUAUUUAUCAGCUUCGCUUGUAUUAUUGAUGGACAUACGGUCUGUGUGCACAAUGGUUUUCAAUUUGUGA